UCGUGUCCCACCGGAUCAGGGACACGUAGCUAGGCAACGUUAGCACGGUGGAGCUAACCGUGCUAACGAACGUCGCCGGUUCUCUGUGGCCUUUAAACGUUUUUGUUCGUCUUUUUCACACACAUGUCGGUUGUAAAUCAGAAUACCGAACCCAGGGUUUUAACAACGUGCUUUCAGUUGUCACUUUUUAUGUGUUCGUGUAAAAGUGAAUAGCUAUAUAAAGCGAGCUAACACAGCUAGCCGUCUGUUUCGUCCCUCAAACGGAAUGUAACGCGCUAGCUAGGCUAACCGAUUUGAAGACGUCGAUCUCUGUCUUAGUCUUAGACACUGUUACACUUAAGUCAGUUAACCUAAAUAAGCAAGUAUGUCAGAGUCUGGUCACAGCCAGCCCGGAAUGUACGGACAGGGCCGGAGGAGAAGGCGCCGGAGGGACAGAGAGCCCGGGCCGCCAGGCCAAAACCUAUCGGGCCCGAGUCGCGACAGAGACUUUGGGCCUCGGGAGCGGCGGGAUGGGAGCGAAGAUCCUCCUGGUCCACUCCUUCAGAAGACCCCUAUAAUUCUAGCCAAGCCUCCUGGAGAGAGGUCAAAGCAGAGUGCUCCGGUUAGUGGAACUUCAUUAGAGAAGCCCAUCAUGCUCAUGAAACCCAGAGAGGAAGGGGGAAAGUCUGCUGCCGCCUCUGAUACUGCCUCGCCAGCUUCUGGCCCUGGAGUUGCAAAGCUGGAGAGGGAAGGCCAGCGUCCAACGCAGCCGGUCUAUCAAAUCCAGAACCGUGGCAUGGGCUCGGCUGCAUCUGCUGGGGCUGUUGACCCUGUGAUUGGCCAGACUAAGCUUCUGCCCCCUGAGAAGAUGAAGCACAGUAUUAAACUGGUGGAUGAACAAAUGAACUGGUGCGACAGUGCUAUGGAGUAUCUGCGUGACCAAACAGACAUGCUGGUUGUAGGAGUCAUUGGACUGCAAGGGACUGGAAAGUCCACAAUUAUGUCCCUUCUCUCAGCUAAUACACCUGAAGAGGACCAAAGGGCGUAUGUGUUCAGGGCGCAGACUCAGGAGAUCAAGGAGAGAGGAGGGAACCAGAGUAGUGGCAUUGACUUCUACAUCACACAGGAGAGAGUCAUCUUCCUGGACACACAGCCCAUUCUGAGCCCCUCUAUCUUGGAUCAUCUCAUCAAUAAUGACCGAAAGCUGCCUCCUGAGUAUAACCUUCCACACACAUACAUAGAGAUGCAGUCUCUGCAGAUAGCUGCCUUUCUCUUCACUGUGUGUCAUGUUGUAAUCGUGGUUCAAGACUGGUUCACAGACAUCAACCUUUACAGGUUUCUUCAAACUGCUGAGAUGCUGAAGCCCUCAACUCCGUCUGCCAGUCACGACAGCACUGGAUCCUCAGGGCAAGAUGACGGAUCUGAGUACUAUCCUCACCUCAUUUUUUUGCAGAACAAAGCAAGAAGGGAGGAAUUCUGUCCUCGAAACCUGAAGAAUAUGCACAUGGUUGUGGACAAGCUGAUGGCCCAUUCACACCUAAAGUAUAAAGGUACGUUGUCAAUGCUGGACUGUAAUAUCUUCCCUGGACUGGAACGAGACUAUCUCGGAACUGAAGUUAACCUCUUCCUUUUACCGGUGCUGGAGAACGACGGAGACGAAGCCUUGACGAGGGCCGGGUCUGGGUCUAUGCCUCUUUUCUCUCUGUUGCCAGGCUACAGGGGUCACCCCAGCUUCUCUUCACUGGUGUCCAAACUCCGCAGCCAAGUCUUAGCCAUGUCUCGCAAUCAGCUCUCGCACACCAUCCUCACAGAGAAAAACUGGUUCCACUAUGCUGCCAGAAUUUGGGAUGGUGUUAAGAAGUCUUCAGCCCUGUCUGAGUAUAGCCGAUUGCUGUCAUAAUUGGGGGCUCUUAGACGUGCCUGGGAUUUGGAGAAAUGGAGAAAGUCAGUCUCCUUCAUGUGCUCUGAGGCUCGGCCACACAGUGCCGCAUGUAACAUCGCUGCGCGCCACGUUCAAGCCAGCUGUUUUGAUCAGAACAGCGCAUGCUCUGAAAGGACAACAGUGGUGGGUUGCAUUUGUUGCUCAGCUGUUGUGUUUUGAGCAGGGAAAUACAGCAAAUGUGUGUUUGCUGACAGUGGAUCUAGGCAGCUGAGCCAGGUGGUAAUUGUUUUUGAAAGAGCUGAAUCUGAUGCCUCAUGGAACUACGUCAGGAAUGUAUGGAAAAAGCUUCAGCCAGGUCAGAAUGAUUUCACAGAUGAAGAUCCUUCAGACAAGUUGUUUUUUGUGAUCGUAUUUAUUUACCAAUAAAAAAGUCUUCUUCUCUGUGA